AAUAACAGAACCGGAUCAAGAUAUUGUUGGAACACUGAUGGGAUACACUGCUGAAACAGUGGAGGAACUUCUAGGUUUCUACGAAAAACAUGCUAGUGAGGUUGGGUUUUCCAUAAGGAAAGGAAACACGAGAUUCAAAGUUGGGACAAGAAUCGUGCUUGAAAAGACAUAUGUUUGUUCAGCAGCAGGAGUAACAAACAAUGGAAAGAACAAAAAGAAAAAAGUGCAAACAGUUGUUCCUGUGGUGCCCAAAAAAGAGAGAAAACCAAGGCAAGUUUCGAUCACGAGAACUCAAUGUAGGGCUUGCUUGAGAGUGAAAAUGAAUUCUGAAGGCAGAUAUGAGGUUGUUAAUCAUGUGAUAAUGCACAACCAUGAUUUAACUAGAAGUCAAUGGCACUACUUACAUAGAUCUGAAAGGCAAAUAACGGAAGAGAAGAGGGAGGCAAUUGAAACUAUGCAAAAAUCUGGUCUGUCAUCCACGGCUUCCUUUAACUACAUGGCAAUUGAAGCUGGAGGUGAAGAAAAUUUGGGACACUCGAAGAAAGACCAUCUAAAUUACUGCACGAGGUUAAAAAUGAAGCAAAUAGAAGGAGGUGAUGCACAAGAAGUAACUGACAUAAUGUAUUUAGAGCUUGAAGGUGACCCAAACUUCUUUUUUAGAUUUAGAUUGGAUGAAAAAGGUAAAUUGAGGAGUUUGUUUUGGAGGGACUUUAUGAUGAUGGAAGACUAUGGAAUUUUUGGAGAUAUAGUGGUUUUUGACACGACGUAUAGAACAAACAGGUAUAACCUAAUUUGUGCUCCAAUAGUUGGAAUAAACAACCACUGGAACAAUUGCAUGUUUGGUUGUGCAUUCAUAGGAGAUGAAAAGAUUGAGUCGUUUGUGUGGCUUCUACAAACUUUCAAAAAGUCAAUGGGGGGAAAAAGUCCAAUAUCAAUCUUUACAGAUCAAGAUGCAGCAAUGAACAAUGCCAUCCAUCAGGUCUUUCCAGAUUCAAGACACAGAUUAUGUGUAUGGCAUUUGCAUCAGAAUGCUAUUACCAGAUUUGGGGCAUUGAAACGAGAUCCAACUUUUAAGAAGACAUUCAACUAUUGCUUGUAUAAGUGUGUCACAGUAGUUGAAUUUGAAACCAAUUGGAGAUCAAUGCUGCAACAAUAUGAGUUGAUAGGGGAAGAGUGGUUUACAAAUGUAUACAAUUUGAGAGAAAAAUGGUGCCCUGCGCUAAGCAAAGACUUCUUUUCAGCUGGGAUUUUGUCUUCACAACGAAGUGAAAGCACUAAUCACGCCAUCGGAUUUAGAGCAAACAGAACAACCAGUUUAACUGAUUUCUAUAGAUUGUUCAAAGGUACAAUACAACGUUGGAGAAGUACAGAAAAGCAAGCUGAAUUCUCUUGUAGUAAAUCGGUUCCAUCCUCGGCUUUACCACUAUCUGGAUUGUUGAAACAUGCAUCAGAAGUUUACACGUUGUCACUAUUCAGAGACUUUGAGGAGGAAUUUGGAUAUUCAAUUGCAACAACAGCAAAAUUAAUUUGCAAACAAGGGCUAACUUUUAUAUUGAUUUUCCUAACUUUAAAACAUGGUACUACUAAUGCAGAAAAUACUGAGUUCUAUGCUGUGUCCAUUGAUGAAGAACCUUGGUCUGCACAGAGAGUAACAUACAUCCACGAGAGCCAAACAGUAUCAUGUACGUGUAAAAACUUUGAAGCUUCAGGAUGGUUAUGCUACCACUGCAUUAGGAUAUUGCACCUUCAUUCGGUUAACCGGAUUCCAGAACAGUACAUCAAAAAGAGGUGGACAAAAUCUGCCAAGUCAUCAGUUUGGAACAAAUUAGAAAAUGAAAAACCAGAAGAGGUGCAGUACACACCUUGGCGCCAAACCAUGGCUAGGAAAUACUACAACCUUAUCUUGAAAAGCCAAUCAAAUGAGGAGACAAGAACCCUUAUGGAGGAUGGUUAUGCCGCUAGUGUGUCUCUGGUUGAUGAACUUCUAGCGUCAUUAAAUCUUUCAAACACUGACGACGCUUCAACCACAGAAACAAGUGCAACAGCAGCACCUGAAACAAGUGCAACAGCAGCACCUGAAACAAGUGCAACAGCAGCACCUGAAACAAAUGCAACAGCAGCAUAUGAAACAAACUCAGCACCAGCAGGUACUCAUGCAACAACAACAAGUGAUACAAGUGUACAACAAGCAACAAGUUCUGAACCUGCAACAAACACAGCAACUGAACCUCCUAUGGUAUUGGAUCCUGAACGUUGCACAACAAAAGGAAGGAACAAAAGACCACGAGGACCAUUUGUCAAAAAGAAGAAGGGAAAAACUGCAGCGCCUCCAACAGCAGACUUUGGAACAAUAACUCCAAAUUUGAGAUUAUUUUGAUUCUUUUAAUGUUUUAUAUCAAAAAUAGAAUUUAAUUUUUUCUUAAAGUUAAAGUUAAGGUUUAUGAAGUUAAAGUUUAACAUUCUGAAGUUAAAGUUUACUAGACUUGAGAACUUAGUAAAAGUUUCUUUACAUUGAAAGUUUGAAUAUAUACAUUAAAAUUUAGUGAAGUAUAAUAUUUCUCUGAAGUGUA